CCGAUACGCCUCAAGCCCAAAUAAGGCCGACCCGCGCCGAAGCCCCCGCUGUGCCGCUCCAAGGAGUGGAAGAGAUGGGCUACCUGCUCGCCCUCGCGCCGAUGCCCGCGGUCGGCCUCCUCGCCCCGCCCCGUGUCUCCGCGUGGCGCCCUCCCGCCGUCGCGGCCGCCGCCUUCGACCUCUACCCCGUGGGUCGCCGUAGCUUCCCCUCUCGACUAAAGGUGGCUCUUUUCGCCGCCCGGCGUCGCCCUUUCUGCUGCAGAAUGAAAGGAUCCGGUUCAGAUAUAACGUCAGACUUGGAGCUUGCGAAGUUUGAUGGGAAGAGAAGACCAAACCAUAAUGUGAAUGGUGUAUUUUGGAUACUACUACUAAACCUUGGCAUUUAUGUGGCAGAUCACAUACUUCGGCUUCAGGAGAUCAAAUCCCUCUAUCUGUACCACAUCUGUCCAGUGUGGUACCAGUUUGUGACGGCAACAUUCUGUCACGCUAACUGGAACCAUCUUUCCAGCAACCUAUUUUUUUUGUAUAUUUUUGGAAAAUUAGUUGAAGAGGAACAAGGGAACUUUGCAUUGUGGAUCUCAUACAUUCUUGCUGGUGCUGGUGCUAACCUUGUCUCAUGGUUACUUCUCCCAAAAUCUGCAGUGUCUGUGGGAGCAUCUGGUGCAGUCUUUGGAUUGUUUGUUAUAAGUGUCCUGGUGAAGAUGUCGUGGGAUUGGAGAAAAAUUAUAGAGGUUCUUAUCCUCGGCCAGUUUGUAAUUGAGAAGGUCAUGGAGGCGGCGCAAGCUUCGACGAGUCUGACAGGUACAUAUGGAAGAGGCUUGAUGGCUGUUAAUCACAUUGCUCAUAUCUCUGGUGCUCUGAUUGGUGCUGCUUUGGUAUUGCUCGUAAGUCGCAUUCCUUCCCAACCUUCAGGCCAAGAUGACAAGAACAAAAGAAGUUGAUGUAUCGCUUAGAAAAACAUUUUAUAUUUACCAGAACCUUCAUUGUAAUUGUCUGUAAUUGAUGUAUGUUAAUGUAAAUCACAAAAACACAGGUGUUUUCUCC